AUGGAUCUCUACAAGGUAUUAGGUAUAAACAGAACCGCAACAAAAGAUGAAAUAAAAGAAGCAUAUAGAAGAUUAGCAUUAGAAUUCCACCCGGACAAACACUCACAGUCAUCAAAUUCUGUAAGAGAAAGAGCCACCCUCAAAUUCAAACAAAUCUCUGAAGCUUACGAAAUUCUUAGAAACGAUAAGAAACGUGCCGAUUACAACUUUCGGUCAUCUUAUUCUUCUUCUGAUAAUCACACAGGAAGGAAUUAUUAUUAUAAUCGUAAUUAUAAUCAUGGGGGUUAUGGAUAUUAUAAUAAUUAUGGUAAGAAUGAUUAUGAUUCGAGGUCUUAUAGUUAUAGAAAUUUUGGGUGGAGCUCAAAAUUGGAGAAUUUGAUCAAGUUCAUGACCACGCGUGCGUUUCUUCUCAAUGCAGCUUUUGGCUGUGCCUUGUUUGGUGGCUCAGUGGUGAUGGAUAUGGGGAAGGAAGCAUUGUGGAAUAUGCACAAUUCAGGGAAAUCAUUUGAAGAUGCCAUGGAAUCCAUUAAGAAAUCCAAAGCACAUAGAGAUGAAGCAUAA